AAACGAAUUUCGGCGUAUUCUUCAACUAGCUACCACGAAAGUACGUGGUGCGUGCGGAGCAAAAAAAUUUAUAGUGUUAAGUAAUUUAAUAGUUCACAUUCAAAAUGAGGGAAAUCGUGCACAUUCAAGCUGGACAGUGCGGCAACCAGAUCGGCGCUAAGUUCUGGGAGAUCAUCUCGGACGAGCACGGCAUCGACCCCACCGGCGCCUACCAUGGCGACUCAGACCUGCAGUUGGAGCGCAUCAACGUUUACUACAAUGAGGCCUCCGGCGGCAAGUACGUGCCCCGCGCCAUCCUGGUGGACUUGGAACCCGGCACCAUGGACUCUGUCCGCUCUGGACCUUUCGGACAGAUCUUCCGCCCCGACAACUUCGUGUUCGGACAGUCUGGCGCCGGCAACAACUGGGCCAAGGGUCACUACACUGAGGGCGCCGAGCUCGUAGAUUCAGUCCUAGACGUCGUACGCAAAGAAUCAGAAUCCUGCGACUGCCUCCAAGGUUUCCAGCUCACACACUCGCUCGGCGGCGGCACCGGAUCCGGUAUGGGCACACUCCUCAUUUCAAAAAUCAGAGAAGAGUACCCCGACAGAAUAAUGAACACAUAUUCAGUUGUACCUUCGCCUAAGGUGUCAGAUACAGUAGUAGAACCUUACAACGCCACACUCUCAGUCCACCAGCUAGUCGAAAACACAGACGAAACCUACUGCAUCGACAACGAGGCUCUCUACGACAUCUGCUUCCGCACGCUCAAACUGUCCACCCCCACGUACGGCGACCUUAACCAUCUCGUGUCGCUCACCAUGUCCGGCGUCACCACGUGUCUGCGGUUCCCUGGUCAACUGAACGCCGAUCUUCGCAAACUGGCCGUGAACAUGGUACCCUUCCCGCGUCUGCACUUCUUCAUGCCCGGGUUCGCGCCGCUUACGUCCCGCGGCAGCCAGCAGUACCGCGCGCUGACCGUGCCCGAGCUGACGCAGCAGAUGUUCGACGCCAAGAACAUGAUGGCGGCGUGCGACCCGCGCCACGGCCGCUACCUCACCGUGGCCGCCAUCUUCCGCGGUCGCAUGUCCAUGAAGGAAGUCGACGAGCAGAUGCUCAACAUCCAGAACAAGAACUCGUCCUACUUCGUGGAAUGGAUCCCCAACAACGUGAAGACCGCCGUGUGCGACAUCCCGCCCCGCGGUCUCAAGAUGGCCGCCACUUUCAUUGGCAACUCCACCGCCAUCCAGGAGCUGUUCAAGCGCAUCUCGGAGCAGUUCACAGCUAUGUUCAGGCGCAAGGCUUUCUUGCAUUGGUACACCGGCGAGGGCAUGGACGAGAUGGAGUUCACCGAGGCCGAGAGCAACAUGAACGACCUGGUGUCAGAGUACCAGCAGUACCAGGAGGCCACCGCCGACGAGGAUGCCGAGUUCGACGAGGAGGCGGAACAGGAGAUCGAGGACAACUAAGCGUCCUCCCUCCCCCCUCGUCCCUCUACUCACACUACCCCAGUCCCGUCACCCGCGAACCGCGUCGCGUGAUGACUGCAUUUUUUUGCUUCGAUAGUAUUUUUUACCGAGUACUUUUUUACAAUAUUUUUGACAUUUAGUUCCCCACCUCUAGGGAGUACACAUUGAUGUUGCGAUGCAUGAAUAGCGGUUACAUUCCCGGUUGUUUUCCUUGCCGAAGGGCGGCUCUCUCUAAUGUUUAUUACCGAAUAAACAGUUUCCGAAAUGACGUGGCCCCUUCCAAACCAUCGUAUGGUGCUGAAUACGCGACACGAAAGGAAAAGAUCUUUUUGAUAAGGCUGAACCAUGAGUUUUUAAUACCUAAGUUAAUUAUUAAUUCUUUGUUUUGUAACCAGUGUGAUUUUUAUUGGCUUUUUUACUAAAAAGCUAUUUGUCGUACAAUUUUUCGAAGUCGAUCAAAGUUUUUAAUUAUUAUAUUCCAGCUGGUGAAUAAUAAAAUACAUUGAAUUUA